GGAAUGAUUUGAUAACACAAAUUUACAGCAUAAAAUUGAAAUCGAGCAAUAACAAUCGGAUGCCUUUAUAAAAGCCCAUGCAAUACAUCCAUAACACCUUUAAAAUCAAUUGUCAAUAUCUACAAUCCGGCCUCGUUGGUCCACGCAUAAUCUAUGCAACGCUAACUGGGGUAGGGCGGGCGACCCUUAUCAGUGCGCAGCGGGAGCUCGACGCCUUCGCACGAUGGCGCGCUUCGUAACGAUAACCCCGGACAUGAGCGAGGCGGUGAUCCAGCACCUCCGGGACAACUUCUUCGCUGACGAGCCGCUGAACAAGGCGGUGUCGCUGUGCGAGCGCGGGCAGCCACACGCCGCGCUCGAGGGGCUGUGCGCCGCCACCAUGGCUGAUGGACUGUCUAUAGCCGCCAUGGAAGGCGAUACGGUCCUUGGAGUGGGUUUAAACGGCAUCUUAUGACCCGGCGACAUCGAGCAGUCAUUAGAGAAGAUCCACGAGUCAACAGACGAGAAGUUCAACAAGAUAUUCACGAUCCUGUACACCGUCAGCCGAGACCUCGACCUCUUCAACACUUAUCAGGUGGACAAGAUCCUGGAGUGCCGCAUCAUCUCGGUGGACCAGGCGGCGCGCGGCCGCGGACUCGCCAAGGAACUCAUGUCGCGAAGCAUUGAUAUCGCUAAGGAGAACGGGUUUAAGCUGUUCAAAGCGGACGCGACGGGCGCGUACUCGCAGCGCAUCUGCGUGUCGCUGGGCAUGCGCGCGGCGCGGCGCGUGCGCUACGCGGAGUACGGCGACGCGCGCGGGCCCGUGUUCCAGGUGCCGCCGCCGCACGACGCGCUCGUCGUCAUGCUUAAGGAGAUAGCCUGAACUUGGAGCAAAAAGGCUUUAUUGUAGAUAUACAAUAUGUUUUAAUGACACAUCGUAACAUGAAUUUGUUUGCAGUUAUUAAAUGAUGCAACAGUUUACUCGAGGGCAUGAGAAGAUUACUUCUGUUUUGCAGCUAAAACAUUGUCUCAUAAACUUGUUUGCUGCUAUUAAAUGAUGCAUUGGUUUGCUCACGCGUAUUUAUAGGGAUUGCCCGACUAGUUUCGCCUGGUCGCGAGUCGAGUCGACCCCACCGUGUCAGCUCUUGAGUCAAAAGCUAUUUCGGCAAUUGUGAUAAAUACGAAACCGUUGCAUCAUUUAAUAAUUCAUCAUUCUCACGAAAGUUAUUAUAAAAAUAUAAUUUGUUGUUUCUGCAAAUGAUAUACAGCGUGGAGUUAAAAUGUUAACAUUAAUGAAGACACGGCAAGGUAGAUAGU